AUGAUUAUCAUCACACAUUUCUUUCCUUUGCCCAGCUCUUUUAGACCUAGACCUCCCUCAGUGCUAAAGCCAAACUCCACUGCUGUGACUGAGUUCCUUUUUGAAGGUUUCCCCAGCUUUGGGUGGUAGCACAGGCUUAGUUUCUUUGUUGUCUUUCUAACUUUGUACCUGCUGAGUCUCUUUGGCAAUGUCAUUAUUGUGAUUGUUAUUCACCUGGACCAUCACCUCUAUACUCCCAUGUACUUUUUCCUGAGCAUACUGUCCAUCUCUGAGACCUGCUACACUGUGGCCAUCAUUCCCUGUAUGCUUUCUAGCCUCCUGAGUCCUCAUCAUCCCAUUUCUAUCCAAGGCUGUGCCACUCAGCCCUUCUUCUGUCUCACCUUUAGUAUCAAUAACUGCUUCCUGCUCACAGCCAGGGGGUAUGAUUGCUAUGUGGCCAUCUGCAACCCACUACAGUAUUCAGUCAUCAUGGGUAAAGAGUCCUGUAUCCUGGCAUCUGGGUCCCUGGGAAUUGGCCUGGGUAUGGCCAUUGUACAGGUAACAUCUGUUUUUGGCCUGCCCUUCUGUGAUGCCUUUGUCAUCUCUCACUUCUUCUGUGACAUGAGACCCCUGUUGAAGCUGGCCUGCACAGACACCACUGUCAACGAGAUCAUCAACUUUGUUGUCAGUGUUUUUGUCCUUGUUCUACCCAUGGGCCUGGUCUUCAUCUCCUAUGUCCUCAUCAUCUCCACCAUCCUCAAGAUUGCUUCAGCUGAGGGUCAGAAGAAGGCCUUUGACAUCUGUGCCUCCCACCUCACAGUGGUCAUCAUCCACUAUGGCUGUGCCUCCGUCAUUUACCUGAAGCCUAAGUCCCAGAGUUUCCUGGGGCAGGACAGACUCAUCUCAAUGGCCUACACUGUCAUCACUCCUCUGCUGAACCCCAUCGUGUACAGCCUGAGGAACAAGGAGGUCAAAGAUGCUCUGUGCAGAGCCAGGGGCAAAAGCCCCUCUCCUCUUAGUGAGGAGGUCAUUGAAGGCCUUUUCUUUCAUUUUGUAAAUAUGUAUUAA